AUGGCAGUGAACGGCACCGCGCCUUAUGGACGGAGACUCCUUCCGAACGUCUUGGACGAGCUGAGAGAUCUCAACCCCGGGAGAGUGUAUGCCGCCAUCCCCACGACCUCAGAUGUCAAGGAUGGGUUUCUUGACGUGACAGUGGCGGACUUGGCCCGAUGUGUUGAUUUCAUGGCUAAAUGGAUCGAGGAUACGUUUGGCAAGAGUGACGGCUUUGAGACUCUGACGUACAUAGGACUUUCGGAGCUUCGUGGCCCUGUCACGUUCCUGGCAGCCGUCAAGACAGGAUACAAGCUACUUCUUCCGUCGCCUCGGAACCCUUCCUCAAUCAACUCGUCCUUAAUGGAACAGACCGGCAGUACCAAGAUACUGUACGCUGAUGAGCUUGGCCCCUUGGUCAAGUCGCUCCAAGCCUUGGCACCAUCAACCCGUACAGAAGUACUCCCCUCUCUAAGGCAGAUGCUGCAAAGCAGCCCAGCACGUUACCCAUUCUUAAAGAGCUUCGACGAGGCCAGAAACGAUCCUGUAGUUAUCUUGCAUUCUUCAGGAUCAACUGGCGCCCCAAAACCAAUCACAAUGACUCAUGGGAGUUUCGCGGCGGUUGACUUCGAGCACAUAAUGCCUGCUCCAGCAGGGCGGGAGAAAAGGGACGCCUCGUUCUUCGAGUUUGACGAGGAGACCCGCAUGUUCCUCAUCUUACCCUUCUUUCACCUCGGAGGUUUUUGGCUCUCCAUGUGCGGCGGUAUUUUCAAUAAUCUCACCUUCGUGUUCGGCCCACCGCACAUUGCACCAAGUCCCGCCAUGCUCAAGGAGAUGGCGCGGCAGCAAGAUUUGAAGGCAAUAUUGGUUGUUCCUGCCAUGCUCGAACAGAUUCUUCACGAGCCAGGCGGCAUGGACUUUUUAAGGGGCCUCAAAUUCGCUGCUGUUGCUGGUGCUCCUGCAUCUCCCGCGGUUGGGGACCAGGCUAGCAGCGCGGUUGAACUUUUGAACUUCAUCGGCUCUACAGAGACUUUCCCGCUCCCCGAAUUGCGGAAGGCCCGAGAGGAUUGGUUGUACCAUGAGUUUGCCCCUUAUGUCAAGCAUGAGAUGCAACUCUAUGACCGCACCGAAGGCGCCUACGAGCUAGUAAUAUUGGCAGACGAGGACACCAAAGACUGGUGCCCUCUCUAUCAUAACGUACGGGGUGCCAAAGCAUACCACACGAAAGAUCUUUUUCUCAGGCACCCCGAGAAGCCUAAACUCUACAAGUACUUUGGCCGCAUAGACGAUAUCAUUGUGUUAAGCAACGGCGAGAAAGUCAACCCAAUUCCAUUGGAGCAGCACGUGGAGGGGCACCCUUCCGUCCUUGGCGCAUUGCUCGUUGGCAACAAGAGGAACAAGACAGUUUUAGUCAUCGAGCCGACAGAACCGCUCGCCGAGGGUGCACGCGCAAGCUUUUUGGAAACGCUUUGGCCAAGAAUUGAGGAAGCAAACGCGCAAAUACAAGGGCCGGGGCGGGUCUUGCCUGGCAAGGUCGUCUGUGCCAUAUCUGAAAAGCCCUUUGCACGAACAGCAAAGAAUACUAUUAUACGCAAAGUCACCGAGCGGGCCUAUCAGGCUGAAAUAGAGGCCGUGUACGCAACAUCAGCUUCACAAGGCCAAGGGGGAAACGUACGGCUGGAGUCGGCCCUCAGGACCAUCUACAAACCUUCCAAACUAUAA